CCCAUAGCGACGGCGGCCGCGCUGGGGGAAGAUGGCGGCUCCAGUCUGGGCGCCGCGGGCGGCUCCGUGAUCGUCCCACGCUCCUUCUUCUUCCCGCGGCGAGCAUGUCUGACUCGGAGGAGGAGGAGAGUCCAGACCGCCAGCUCAAGCUCGUGGUGCUGGGGGACGGCACCGCAGGGAAGACGUCCUUAGCCAUGCGUUUUGCCCAAGAAACAUUUGGAAAACAAUACAAACAAACCAUAGGACUGGAUUUCUACUUGAAAAGGAUUACACUGCCAGGAAAUUUGAAUGUUACUCUUCAAGUGUGGGAUGUAGGAGGACAAACAAUAGGAGGCAAGAUGCUGGAUAAAUAUAUUUAUGGAGCUCAGGGUAUUCUUUUGGUGUAUGAUAUUACCAACUGCCAGAGCUUUGAAAAUUUAGAGGACUGGUAUAAUGUGGUUAAAAAAGUGACUGAAGAAUCAGAAAUGCAGCCACUUGUGGCCUUGGUUGGAAAUAAAAUUGACUUGGAGCAUAUGCGCACAGUGAAAGUUGAUAAACAUCAGCGAUUUUGUCAGGAAAACAAUUUCAGUAGCCAUUUUGUGUCAGCCAAGACAGGAGAUUCUGUCUUCCUGUGUUUUCAAAGAAUUGCUGCUGACAUUCUUGGCAUCAAAUUAAACAAAGCAGAAAUGGAACAAUCACAGAGAGUGGUGAAAGCAGAUAUUGUCAACUACAGUCAGGAGCCUGUGACAAGAAGCGUUAAUCCUCCUAGAAGCUCAAUGUGUGCAGUUCAAUGACUGUAUUAUUCUUCUCUGUUUUGAUACUUUUGGCUGUCCUCCUACUUUGACACAGACUCUAGGAUUGCCAGGAGCUUUUAACAGUCACCAUCGCUACAAUGCAAUUACAAGUUUCAAAAACGUGUUGCACCAUUGAGAAGCAGCAAGCAGUUAUUUUUGACUGGCUGAAAAUGAAAUGUUAAGACCACACACUUUGAAAAAUAAAAAUCUACGUUCUUCUAAAUUAUAUUUCAGUAAAUCAGUAGAACUGUGUUUGUUUUUUCCUAUCUAUUUGACUGAUGCUGGAAUGAAAAUGAAUGAAGAAGUAUGAUUAUGGAAGUUUUGCCAAAGCAUUUCUUUUUCCUUUUUUUUUUUUUUUUUUUUUUUUCCUCCUGUGAUCUAAACUAGCAUUCAACAACUUGUAACUUGGGGAAACUAUUGCUGGAAUACUUUUAGACAACUAAUAUAUUUUACUUAGGGAUAACUUGAAAAGUAUUCCAUAAAUGUAUAUAGAUAAUGCAAAAUGUAUAAAUUGUAUCCAGGAAGAAUCAGUGGUUGAAAUAAAGCUGUAAUAUAAAAGUAAUUACUUUUCUGAAGUCUCAAGUUGAAGUUGCCUUCAUGGAUGCUCUGAAAAAAAGCUCACGUUUUGUGUAUUUUUAUUCCCACGUCAGUAUUACUUCUUGUAGUAGUAGAUAUGCUCAUAACUCUACAUGAAUAUGGAUGAACCUCACUUGGCUGUUUGGGCUGUAAAUGUUGAGUGAUAUAUUCAACGUGCAUUAGAAACUGUUGAUAGAUCAAUUAGGAUCACUCAUUUUUAUUAACUGAGUGACUUAUUUUUGGACUGACACUAUCUUAUUUCUACUUAAGAGUUUAAAAAAAAAAACAAAAACAAAUAAAAAGCAGUGUCCUCUGUGA